UUCUGCCGCGUGCACGUGUUCGUAUCUAGCGGCCAUAGUCCUGCGAGUUCAAAGCGAGUUCCUUUGCAUGACGAAGGACGUCAUGAAGGCUACCAGCACCAAAAGGUCUUCUCGGCUGCAUGUACCUGGCUACGUAAGAAUGCCCCCCAGCCCACCACCAGAAGAUCUGGCUUACAUCAAAGAACCAGAGCCAACUAUUACUGACCUCGUGAUUGCAGCUGAAGCUAGGAGGAGCGCAGUGCAUUUAUCCUUGGCAGACGACGGAAAGCUAAUGCCAGUGUCUGAGCAGGGAGGAUUGCCACCAGGCUGGGCUGCCGGUAGAGCAAGACACGACGAAAAGGAUGAUCGAAUGGAAUCCCUUUUCGACAGUAAAGCUACGGAACAAGUGACGGAGGUGAGGCCUACCACGGAACACACCGGCAGCGGUGCAGGAUUUCAUACGGCGCCCAGUCGAGUAAGGGACAACCUACAGCACGGAUCGCGCCCAUCCUUUCUUGGUCACAUUUCAAUCCUAAUUGGAGCUGUGGUAGUUUUGGUCGCAUUCAUCGUAAUCCUGAAGGUCUCCGAGAUUCCUUCUCCGAAAAGGAUGAUUGCCAAUGCGACAGAAUGGUGUUCUACUUCUAAAAGUUGCCUCUCUGCGGAAACGUUCUUGCAACGUGCAGUUAACCGUACGUUUCGCCCUUGCGAGGACUUCUACAAGCACGUCUGCAGUAUGUGGAUUAAGCCGGAGAAACUCCUGGAUGGCUACCUCGACCAACACACUCAUGCGCUCUGGUUGAAAAUACUGGACCGCCUAGAAAGUGUAAGGGACAACCCUAUGGAUAGGACACUUCCUCAGGCCCUUGCACUUUUCUACAGAAGCUGUUAUAAGUUUGUCACUGAAACACGUGACCUCCGCCGCGUUGUGGACCAAGUGACCGAAGCUCUUGAGAUGAACAGCUCGCACUGGGUAGCAUCAAAGAGUCUAGCAGAUUUGUUUCCGGAACUUUCUCGGAUGUCCCUGAUAAUGGGCAUCCCGAGCGUAGUGGAAAUAUACCACAUCAUAGGAGCCGAAACGAGCGUUUAUGUCACUGUCGGUAGGACUGUGACAGGCAUCUACGAGCAUCCUUUCGACGAUACGCUUGAACAAUACACGAAGGACGUAAUGAGCAUUAUUUCUGACAGUCAAGUGGAUAGACAAGUAGACAUAGCCAGCAUUGAUGGCAAGUUUACGAAGAUGCACGCUGAAGGAAGAGACGGCGACUUUCAUCCAAUGCCAACGACUCAACUACUGACAGCGCUUAGUAGCGAAGUAUGGGUCUCAUCUAUCAGAAGUUCUUUGCGCAGCUCCAAUGUUCUCUCGCAAAAUAUGAUCUACGUAAGAGGCCUUGAAGUACUACGGUCUGCGAUCAAGGAACUCGUUAACAUGACUCGGAGCCAGCGGAAUAUGUACCUCCUCCUCAUCGUCUUGUCGAACAUCCUUACCCAAGACUUCAAGGCCCGCUACCUCUACCGCCGCACAGAAGAAAGAACGGAAUGUCUACGGGCAACUAGCAAGUACUUCAGACCAGUUUUUUACCAGUACAUUAUAGAUAGAUUCCAACACCCCAAGACCGAAAGCGUGAUCGCCGCCAUGGAGGCCAACAUCCGUAGACUUCUCUCGGACAGAAUCGCUGCAUCCCAAUGGAUCGCCGCUUCAAGACGAAGGCAGAUCGUUAGAGCGAUGAGCAGGGUCAAACUCUGGGUAGGAGAGUUCCAGAAGGAAGUGCCUCACCUGCCGGUCUACUACUACCUGACCAAAGGCUUCGUAAAGAACGCGGCUCUUUUGCUCAAGUCCAAGACCGAACUUCGAGCUCGAAGUCCGAAUGACCCUCAACUACCCUUGUCUCAAUGGGAGUUCACCGGGCACGUUGGGUACGUUCCAGAGUACAGGAUGAUAGUGGUUACAGCAGCGAUCUUGGGACCGGAUGCGUUUUACGUUCACUCCGCCUCUCGUUUAAACUACGCUACAGUUGGAGCCCUGCUCGCAGAGGCGCUUGUUGAAGCAGGAAUGAUAAUGGACACCAACUACCCGUCGGGAGAAGAAAAGAAGGCGGAAGCGCUGACCUGCUAUAAACACCAGGUGGGCGCAAUGCUACAACGAAACGGAACAGCGAGCAGCGCGGAGAUCAAAGAGCUAGUCGCUUCUAUGCUCGCUUUCAAGGUGACAUACGAUAUCAAUCGUUAUGGUGUCCACGCGACUAAGGAGAGAGACCAAUCGUUUUUUCGGAGAUUCUGCAUGGUUGGUUGUGGCAGUUCGUCUGCGCGAAAGAGACUACUGCCUGGACCUGCUCGUUGUAACUUCCUUCAAGAACUUCCCGAGUUUUCAGAUGCGUUCGGCUGUCCUGCGCGGCCGAAUGUUACUUCAUGUUUAAACCCAUAGUUCAAGACCUUAACCUAUUUGUUAUAGUCCGCAGACGUUAAUAAACGGGAAAGUCGCCACGUUUAUACGACCACUUCCCCGCACCCGAAGGUCCUUGUGAGUGAGUCAGCGGUACGAGACUUGUGUGGUACUGCCCUGUAAACAAUUCGAAAAGAGCACAAAAUAAACUUGUUUACUACCA